GGCGCCGCCCCCAGCCGCCUUGGCCGUAGCUGCGGCCCGGGCCGGGCGGGAGGCGGUGGCCGCUGGCGAGGCGAGGCGAGGCGGCCCCGCGCCCCGCGCGUCAGGCCUGAGGCUCCAGAUGUGAGGCGCUGCGGCCGGGGCCAUGCAGCAGGCGCCGCAGCCGUACGAGUUCUUCAGCGAGGAGAACAGCCCGAAAUGGCGGGGACUGCUGGUCGCGGCCCUGCGGAAGGUUCAGGAGCAAGUGCAUCCAACUCUCUCAGCUCAUGAAGAGUCUCUCUAUUACAUUGAAGAACUGAUUUUUCAGCUGCUAAGUAAAUUAUGCAUGGCCCAACCAAGGACUGUUCAAGAUGUGGAGGAACGAGUUCAAAAGACCUUUCCUCAUCCAAUUGAUAAAUGGGCUAUUGCGGAUGCACAAUCUGCCAUAGAAAAACGAAAGCGAAGAAAUCCUCUUUUAUUGCCUGUAGACAAAAUCCAUCCUUCUUUGAAGGAAGUUUUGGGGUAUAAAGUGGACUACCAUGUGUCCCUGUAUAUUGUGGCUGUACUGGAGUAUAUCUCAGCAGAUAUUUUAAAAUUGGCUGGUAAUUAUGUUUUUAAUAUCCGACAUUAUGAAAUAUCUCAGCAGGACAUCAAAGUAUCGAUGUGUGCAGAUAAGGUUUUGAUGGACAUGUUUGAUCAGGAUGAUGAUAUAGGUUUGGUUUCUCUAUGUGAAGAUGAACCUAGUUCCUCCGGUGAAUUAAACUAUUACGACCUUGUCAGAACUGAAAUUGCAGAAGAAAGACAGUAUCUUCGGGAACUGAACAUGAUCAUAAAAGUGUUUCGAGAAGCCUUUAUUUUUGACAGAAAGUUAUUUAAACCUUCUGAUAUUGAAAAGAUUUUUAGUAACAUUUUAGACAUACAUGAAUUGACUGUGAAACUUUUAGGUUUGAUUGAAGACACAGUUGAAAUGACAGAUGAAAGCAGCCCUCAUCCCUUAGCUGGCAGCUGUUUUGAGGAUUUGGCAGAAGAGCAAGCAUUUGAUCCCUAUGAAACAUUAGCACAGGACAUUCUUUCACCAGCGUAUAAUGAACAUUUCAGUAAGCUGAUGGCCAGACCUGCAGUUGCUCUACACUUUCAGUCCAUUGCUGAAGGCUUUAAAGAGGCAGUUCGCUAUGUACUUCCACGCCUUAUGUUGGUGCCAGUAUAUCAUUGUUGGCAUUAUUUUGAAUUAUUAAAGCAAUUGAAAGCAUGUAGUGAAGAGCAAGAAGACAGAGAAUGUUUGAAUCAAGCUAUCACUGCUCUCAUGAAUCUCCAGGGUAGCAUGGACCGGAUUUAUAAGCAGCAUUCUCCGCGACGCCGGCCUGGGGAUCCUGUUUGCCCUUUUUAUAAUCGUCAAUUAAGAAGCAAGCACCUGGCUAUCAAAAAAAUGAAUGAAAUUCAGAAAAACAUAGAUGGAUGGGAAGGCAAAGAUAUUGGACAGUGUUGUAAUGAAUUCAUAAUGGAAGGACCGUUGACAAGAAUUGGUGCUAAACAUGAACGGCACAUUUUUCUGUUUGAUGGACUAAUGAUCAGCUGUAAACCUAAUCAUGGCCAGACUCGGCUUCCAGGUUAUAGUAAUGCAGAAUAUAGAUUAAAAGAAAAGUUUGUCAUGAGGAAAAUACAAAUCUGUGAUAAAGAAGAUACUUGUGAGUGCAAACAUGCCUUUGAAUUAGUAUCCAAAGAUGAAAACAGCAUAAUAUUUGCUGCUAAGUCUGCUGAAGAGAAAAAUAAUUGGAUGGCAGCACUUAUUUCUCUUCAUUAUCGUAGUACUCUAGAUCGAAUGCUAGAUUCUGUGUUAUUGAAAGAAGAAAAUGAGCAGCCACUGAGAUUGCCAAGUCCAGAAGUGUAUUGUUUUGUGGUAAAAGACUCUGAGGAGAACAUUGUUUUUGAAGACAAUUUGCAAAGUAGAAGUGGAAUCCCCAUUAUUAAAGGAGGAACUGUGGUGAAGUUAAUUGAGAGGUUAACAUAUCAUAUGUAUGCAGAUCCCAAUUUUGUUCGUACUUUUCUUACUACAUAUCGAUCAUUUUGUAAGCCACAGGAAUUGCUAAGCUUACUGAUUGAACGAUUUGAAAUCCCGGAGCCAGAACCUACUGAAGCAGACAAAUUGGCAAUGGAGAAAGGCGAGCAGCCAAUCAGUGUGGACCUAAAAAGAUUUCGCAAGGAAUAUGUUCAACCAGUACAACUUAGGGUCUUAAAUGUUUUUCGGCACUGGGUUGAACACCAUUUUUAUGACUUUGAAAGAGAUUUGGAAUUGCUUGAAAGACUAGAAUCCUUCAUUUCAAGUGUAAGAGGGAAAGCCAUGAAGAAAUGGGUAGAGUCAAUUGCUAAGAUCAUCAAGAGGAAGAAACAAGCUCAGGCAAAUGGAAUAAGCCAUAAUAUUACCUUUGAGAGUCCACCUCCGCCCAUUGAGUGGCACAUCAGUAGGCCUGGACAGCUAGAGACGUUUGAGCUUAUGACCCUUCAUCCAAUAGAAGUCGCACGUCAGCUAACACUUUUGGAAUCUGAUCUGUACAGAAAAGUCCAACCUUCUGAACUUGUAGGGAGUGUGUGGACCAAAGAAGAUAAAGAAAUAAAUUCUCCAAAUUUAUUGAAAAUGAUUCGCCAUACCACAAAUCUCACUCUCUGGUUCGAAAAAUGCAUUGUGGAAGCAGAAAAUUUUGAAGAACGAGUGGCAGUAUUAAGUAGAAUUAUAGAAAUUCUGCAAGUUUUUCAAGAUUUGAAUAAUUUCAAUGGCGUAUUGGAGAUAGUCAGUGCCGUAAAUUCAGUGUCAGUGUACAGACUAGACCACACCUUUGAGGCAUUGCAGGAAAGAAAACGGAAAAUUUUGGAUGAAGCUGUGGAAUUAAGUCAAGAUCACUUUAAAAAAUACCUAGUAAAACUAAAGUCAAUUAAUCCACCUUGUGUGCCUUUUUUUGGAAUAUAUUUAACAAAUAUUCUGAAGACCGAAGAAGGGAAUAAUGAUUUUUUAAAAAAGAAAGGGAAAGAGCUAAUCAAUUUCAGUAAAAGGAGGAAAGUAGCUGAAAUUACUGGAGAAAUUCAACAGUAUCAGAAUCAACCUUACUGUUUACGCAUAGAACUAGAAAUGAGGAGGUUCUUCGAAAAUCUUAAUCCCAUGGGAAAUUCAUCUGAAAAAGAGUUUACAGAUUAUUUGUUCAACAAGUCACUAGAAAUUGAACCCAGAAAUUGUAAACAGCCACCUCGAUUUCCUAGGAAAUCAACUUUCUCCUUAAAAUCUCCUGGAAUAAGGCCUAAUACAGGCCGACAUGGCUCUACCUCAGGCACUUUACGAGGUCAUCCUACACCAUUGGAAAGAGAACCAUACAAGAUAAGCUUUAGUCGGAUUGCUGAAACUGAGCUUGAAUCAACAGUGUCAGCACCAACCUCUCCAAAUACGCCAUCUACUCCGCCAGUUUCUGCUUCUUCAGACGUUAGUGUGUUUUUAGAUGUGGAUCUCAAUAGUUCCUGUGGCAAUAAUAGCAUCUUUGCUCCAGUGCUCUUGCCACAAUCAAAGUCUUUCUUCAGUUCGUGUGGUAGCUUAAAUAAACUAAAUGAAGAGCCACUGGUUCCUCCUCCUCUUCCUCCUCGAAAGAAGUUUGAUCAUGAUGCUUCAAAUCCUAAGGGAACUAUGAAAUCAGAUGAUGACCCUCCUGCGAUUCCACCAAGACAGCCUCCUCCUCCAAAGGUAAAACCCAGAGUUCCUGUUCCUACUGGUGCACUUGAUGGGCCUCUGCAUAGUCCGCCUCCACCACCGCCAAGAGAUCCUCUUCCUGACACCCCUCCUCCAGUUCCCCUUCGGCCUCCAGAACACUUUAUAAACUGUCCGUUUAAUCUUCAGCCACCUCCACUGGGACAUCUUCACAGAGACGUUAGUACGUGUCCCAAUUCGCCAAGCACUCCUCCUAGCACACCCUCUCCACGGGUGCCGCGUCGAUGCUAUGUGCUCAGUUCGAGUCACAACAGUCUGGUUCAUCCUCCAGCUCCCCCUGUUCCUCCACGGCAAAAUUCAAGCCCUCAUCUACCAAAACUGCCACCAAAGACUUACAAGCGGGAGCUUUCACACCCCCCGUUGUACAGACUGCCUUUGCUAGAAAAUGCAGAAACUCCUCAAUGACCUUGGCCAUAUGUAGUCAUUGACACUGGAAUAGUAUUUGUAAAGUUUUUUAAUUUAUUCAAAAAAGGCAUAGUAUUUUAGUAUUUUUACAAAUAAUGCUCUUAAAAUGCUACUGAUCAAAUAAGCUUUUAAGAAUUGGAUAAAGAAAAUAUAAAAGUCCUUCACCAUUAUCCUCAGGUGAUCAGUAGCAUUACCUUGUCUUGGAUCCUCUGCUGCCAUAAGGCCAGUAAAAUGAGUUUAUAUUUGCACUGUAGACUGCUGAAAAUUAUGGUUUAAAGUGACAGUGAUUGCACUGAAAGCGGACAGUGUUUUAUGGAAUUUUUCAAAUUAAGUAAUGCCUUUUUUUAAGGUCAUGAAUUUACACAAGAGUAGAGGGUGUAUGGUGUUACUUAUUUUUAAACCUCUUUGACAUCUAGUUUUUACAUCUAAGAGAAUUGUGAAUAGCACCCACUGUUUUUAAACUCUUUAAUGCCAUGUCUUAAAUGCCAGUAUUUGCUGCUGAAGACAAAAUUGAAAAAUAGAAUGAAGAUAAUAGAAUGUACUGUUUAUUUUGUCAAAAUGUAAACAAAGACUACAUAAUCCAGUGACAGAGGGAAAAGAGCAUGUAUCUCAGAUGUGCCUUUUGUUUUUGCAGAGUAUAAUGUCUAGCUAAUGAGUUGCCUAUUGUUUUGGAAAACAAGGUUAAUAUGCCAUAUAUGUACAGUUUUGUUUAUAUUGUAUAUUUAAAGAUAAUGCUAAUAACCUAUAUAAAUUUAAGUGACUUGAGGCCUCUAAUACAAUCUGCUACUUUACUAAUUCAUAAAUUCAAAGGAAAAUUUCUUACGGCAUAGGAACCAACUACUUUGCCUUCAAAAUUCUUAGCAACUUUCUUCAUAAAUCUCGUGUUAACUGAAAUUUUUAAAAAAUAUAUUUUUUAGAUUGGUAAUAUUUAAACCAGCAAAUACUUAAAGCUUUAUUAAACUUUUUAAUCAGCGAAGUAAAGCUUUUGCCAUUUGGACGCCUUCCUUCAAAGUGAUGAAAAGUGUUUUGCUGAUAGUGCUGUAGCAGCAGUUGUAAAGUAGCCAAAAGCCACGUUGUUUAUUUACUGGUCUGUGGCCUUUUUACUGUGCUUUGUAUCAGAGUUCUUAACAGAUUAAUAAAUCACCUCAGUCUUAAUUUUUACAA